AUGGCAUUUGCAUCUAGAUCCGUCUCCCUUUCGGCGUUGAGGCAGCUGGGCUCCGGCCCUGCUGUUGCAUCCAGCUCCCGAAACGUUGCGGCCGCCGCCUUUUCGACGUCUUCGAGCUCGCUUGCCGCUUCGAGCCAAGAAGAUGCUACCGCACGCAAGCCUCCCUUCACAGCAGCAGCAGAGGCAUCGCAGGGAUCCACAGAGCGCAACGCCAUCGGGCGCGGUCGCAAGUCGGCAGGCAGGGGCAGGCCCAAGAUGCUCGCGCCCUUCGACGAGUGGAUCCAGUCGGAUGCGCGCGCGUACAAGCAGCCCAAGCCAGGCAUGGGCCCCAACUGGAUCGGCGACACUCCCUUCCCGCUCAACCCUUCGUUCAACCCGCCAGCGCCCGUGCGUCAGAGCACCAAGUCGGAGAUCUGGCGCUUGCACACCAGCGACCCGGCCACCUACACCAUCCGUGCGCUCUCGGACAAGUUCUCGGUGGGCCUGCAGAGGAUGGAGGCCAUCUUGCGCCUCAAGGCACUCGAAGUCGAGUGGGCAUCACAGGACAAGCCGCUUCAGAGCGAAUUCCAGUCCAACAUGGACCGACUGUUGGGAGCGCAGGAUCGCAAGCGCGCGCCCGAGCCCGAGCCGUCGCAGCAGUCGACGGACAAGUCGGUGCGCGGCAGCCAGCACGAAGAGUUUUCCGAGGCCGCGCCGCUGGAUGCACCCUCGGUCGUCGCACCCGCGCUGGCCGACGAGCGUCUGAAGCGCUCCUCGAUGAUCGCCGCGCUGCCCAGCGGCGGUCCGGACCACGACGCACACAGCACCAGCAAGGUCGUGCGUACCGGCAGGGCGCCCAUCGCCAUCACCAAUGUGUCGGGCGAUUCGUACAUGGGCGCAGGUCGUGUGCACCGCAACGUGCGCCGUGCCGAGAAGAGGAAAGGCUCCAAGGCUACUUCCACAAGAGCCUGA